AUGGCUCGUGCAGUGAGCAUUAGCGAUGUGACCAAGCGAGAAUACGCUGUGGCUACGGGGUCGGACGUGACCCGCUUGUGUCAGGACCGUGCUUACAAAGAGCAGCACCGGUCAGCAUUAACAACGUUUUUCUGGGAACAGAUCCAGCAUCGACCUUGCCUACCAGAGGAGCAUUUUCUGAAUUAG